UGUGAAUAUUACAAUAGAAAUUCUAUUUGCCCUGAGCCCACAGUACCAGGGGGAUUCAGAGAAAAAGGAUCUACACCAUACAGGCAUGGUGAUUCUGUGACAUUUACGUGUAAAGCCAACUUCACCAUGAAAGGAAACAAAUCUGUCUGGUGCCAAGCAAAUAAGACGUGGGGACCGACGCCCCUGCCGACCUGUGAGAGCGAUUUCCCUCUGGAGUGUCCUCCACUUCCCACAAUCCCCAAUGGACAUCACACAGGGGAGGCUGGUGGCGUCUUUGCCCCAGGAUUGUCUGUGACUUACACCUGUGAACCUGGUUACUUGCUUCAUGGAAGAAAGAUCAUUAACUGCUUGUCUUCGGGAGACUGGAGUGCUGCUACCCCCACAUGUGAAGAGGCAAAGUGUGAAUCUCCAAAACGACUUCUCAAUGGACAGGUAGAGAAGCCUCCCAGUCUUCGGGCUGGUGCAACUGUGAACUUUUCCUGUAAUGAAGGGUAUCGAUUACAAGGCCCACCUUCUAGUCAGUGUGUCAUUGCUGGACAGCGAGCUGCUUGGACCAGGAUGCCAGUAUGUGAAAGAAUUUUUUGCCCACCACCUCCCUCCAUUUUCAAUGGAAGACAUACAAGCAGCUCUUCAGCAAAACUUCCAUAUGGAAGCACAGUCACUUACACUUGUGACCCGAGCCCAGAGGACGGAGUGAACUUCAUCCUGAAAGGGGAGAACACCAUCCAUUGUACAACUGAUAGUCAGAAGAUUGGGACCUGGAGUGGCCCUGCUCCACGCUGUGAACUUUCUACUUCUGCAGUUCAGUGUCCACAUCCCCAGAUCCCAAGAGGCCAAAUGUUAUCUGUGCAGAAAGAUCAAUAUUCCUAUAAUGACACUGUGGUAUUUGAUUGCAUAUCUGGCUUCACCUUGAAAGGCAGCAGGAGAAUCAGAUGCAAUGCCCACGGCACGUGGGAGCCCCCAGCUCCAGUCUGUGAAAAGGAAUGCCAGGUUCCUCCUAAAAUCCUCAAUGGGAGAAAGGAAGAUGGACACAUGGUCCGCUUUGACCCUGGAACAUCCAUAAAAUAUAGCUGUGACCCUGGCUAUGUGCUGGUGGGAGAAGAAUCCAUACGUUGUACCUCUGAGGGGGUGUGGACACCUACGGCUCCCCAAUGCAAAGUGGCAGAGUGUGAACCUAUAGGAAAGCAACUCUUUACAAAACCCCAGAAUCCAUUUAUUAGACCAGACGUUAACUCUUCUUGUGACAAGGGGUACCGGUUGAGUGAGAGUGUUUAUCAGCAGUGUCAAGGCACAAUUCCUUGGUUUAUGGAGAUUCGUCUUUGUAAAGAAAUCACCUGCCCACCACCCCCUGCCAUCUACAAUGGGAAACACACAGGAAGUUCCUCAGAAGAUGUUCCAUAUGGAACCACGGUCACUUACACAUGUAACCCCGGGCCAGAGAGAGGAGUGGAGUUCAGCCUCAUUGGGAAGAGCACCAUCCGGUGCAUAAGCGAUGAUCAAGAGAGAGGCACCUGGAGUGGCCCUGCUCCUCUCUGUAAACUGUCCCUCCCUCCUAUCCAGUGUUCACAGGCCCAUGUUGCAAAUGGAUACAAGAUAUCUGGCAAGGAAGCCCCGUAUUUCUACAAUGACAGUGUGACUUUCAAGUGUAAUGAUGGAUUUACUUUGAAAGGCAGUAGUCAGAUUCGUUGCAAAGCCAAUAAUACCUGGGAUCCUGAAACACCAGUUUGUGAAAAAGGCUGCCAGCCACCUUCUGGGCUCCACCACGGUCAGCAUACGGGUGGAAAUACGGUCCUCUUUGUCUCUGGGAUGACUGUACACUACACUUGUGACCCUGGCUACUUGCUUGUGGGAAAUAAGUCCGUUCACUGUAUGCCUUCAGGAAAUUGGAGUCCUUCUGCCCCACGGUGUGAAGAAGCAUGUCAGCCUAUGAGGGAAGACCUUCAAGAGCUUCCAGUUGGUUCACGUGUGGAACUAGUUAACGCGUCCUGUCAAGAUGGCUACCAGUUGACUGGACAUGUUUAUCAGAAGUGUCAAGAUGCUGAGAAUGGGGUUUGGUUCCAAAAGAUUCCACUUUGUAAAGUUAUUCACUGUCAACCUCCACCAGCAAUUGACCACGGGAGGCACACGGGCAUGGCGGCAGAGCACUUUCUAUAUGGAAAUGAAGUCUCUUAUGAAUGUGACCAAGGAUUCCAUCUUUUGGGAGAGAAAAAUGUGUGGUGCACAAGUGAUUCAAAAGGACAUGGAACUUGGAGCGGACCUCCCCCACAGUGCUUGCGAUCUCCGCCUGUAACUCACUGCCCUAACCCAGAAGUCAAACAUGGGUACAAGCUCAAUAGAACUCUUUCCAUGUAUUCCCACAAUGACAUAGUCUACAUUGCUUGCAAUCCCAGCUUCAUCAUGAAUGGCAGUCACGUGAUUAGGUGUCAUACUGAUAACACAUGGAUGCCAGGUGUACCCAUUUGUAUCAGAAGGGCUUUCUUAAGGUGUCAGCCUCCAUCUAAGAUCCCCAAUGGGAAUCACACUGGUGGAAAUAUAGCUCAGUUUGUCCCUGGAAUGUCAGUCCUGUACAGCUGUGACCCGGGCUACCUGCUGGUGGGAGAAGCGCUCCUCCUUUGCACACACGACGGAACCUGGAGCCAACCUGCCCCUUAUUGCAGAGAGGUAAACUGUAGGCCCCCAGAGGAUAUGGAUGGAAUCCAGAAGGGGCUGGAACCUAGGAAAAUGUAUCAGUAUGGAGCUAUCGUCACUCUGGAGUGUGAAGACGGGUAUACCAUGGAAGGCAGUCCCCAGAGCCAGUGCCAGGAUGAUCACCAGUGGAACCCACCCCUGGCUGUUUGCAGAUCCCGUAAGUGCAAAGGGCUCCAUUGUUGCUUGUACCUGGCCCAUGGAGAGAUGAGAGUGACAGGUCUCCCUCAAUGUCGGAGACUCCUGGGCUUUCAGUUGACAUAG